CUGAAGUCAGAUCUCACAAAGCAGCAGAAUGAAUUCAAGAUCACCUUGAAAACGUUGGAGGACAACUUGCUCUCUCGGCUGUCAUCAGCAUCUGGGAAUUUCCUGGGAGACACAGCCUUGGUGGAGAACCUGGAGAGCACCAAGAGGACAGCUGCAGAGAUUGUGGAGAAGGUGCAGGAGUUUAAGGUGACAGAAGGCAGGAUUAACGAGGCCAGGGAGCAGUACAGGCCCGCGGCCUGCCGCAGCGCCAUGCUCUACUUCAGCAUGAACCAGCUGCACAACGUCCACCCCAUGUACCAGUUCUCCCUCAAGGCAUUCCAGGGGGUGUUCCAGAAGGCCGUGGAGAGGGCAGCCCCUGCUGAGAGCCUGGCAGGGCGGGUGCUGAGCCUCACAGACAGCAUCACCUUCUCCGUGUUCCAGUACACGGCCCGGGGGCUCUUCGAGAGGGACAAACUGACCUUCAGUGCCCAGCUCACCUUCCAGAUACUUCUGAUGAAUAAAGAAAUCGACCCAGCAGAACUGGAUUUCCUGCUCAGAUACCCAGCACAGCCUGGAGUCACCAGCCCUGUGGAGUUCCUGUCUGACCAUGCCUGGGGAGGAAUCAAGGCUCUCUCAUCCAUGGAGGAAUUCAGAAACCUGGAUCGGGACAUUGAGGGCUCUGCGAAACGGUGGAAGAAAUUUGUUGAGUCUGAGUGUCCAGAGAAGGAGAGGUUCCCCCAGGACUGGAAGAACAAGUCAGCCCUGCAGCGCCUGUGCAUCCUGCGCGCCCUGCGGCCUGACCGCGUCCCCUGCGCCGUCAGAGAUUUUGUAGAAGAAAAGCUGGGCAGCAAAUAUGUGGCGGGGAGAUCCCUGGAUUUUGCCACGACCUUUGAGGAAUCAGGGCCUGGCACCCCCAUGUUUUUUAUCCUGUCCCCAGGAGUGGACCCACUGAAGGAUGUGGAGAAACAUGGGAAGAAGCUGGGCUACACCUUCAACCACAGGAACCUCCACAACGUUUCCCUUGGACAAGGCCAGGAGCUGGUGGCUGAACAAGCUCUGGAUGUGGCUGCAAAGGAGGGACACUGGGUCAUCCUCCAGAACAUCCACUUGGUGGCCAAGUGGCUGAGCUCCCUGGAGAAGAGGCUGGAGCAGCUCAGCCAGGGCAGCCACCGGGAUUUCCGCGUGUUCCUGAGCGCCGAGCCGGCGCCGUGCCCGGAGAGCCACAUCAUCCCCCAGGGCAUCCUGCAGAACUCCAUCAAAAUCACCAGCGAGGCUCCCACCGGCAUCCACGCCAACCUGCACAAGGCCCUGGACAACUUCAGCCAGGACACCCUGGAGAUGUGCAGCCAGGAGAAGGAGUUCAGGAGCAUCCUCUUUGCCCUGUGCUAUUUCCACGCGGUGGUGGCGGAGCGGCGCAAGUUCGGCCCCCAGGGCUGGAACCGCCCGUACCCCUUCAGCACUGGGGACCUCACCAUCUCUGUCAACGUGCUCUACAACUACCUGCAGGCCAGCUCCAAGGUCCCCUACGAUGACCUGCGCUACCUGGUGGGUGAGAUCAUGUACGGAGGGCACAUCACGGACGACUGGGACAGGCGGCUCUGCAGAACCUACCUGGAAGAAUUUAUCAAGCCAGAAAUGCUGGAGGGAGAGCUCUGCCUUGCUCCUGGAUUUCCUCUCCCAGGGAACAUGGAUUAUAAUGGCUAUCACCAGUACAUAGACGAUGCCCUGCCUCCAGAAUCCCCCUACCUGUACGGCCUCCACCCCAACGCCGAGAUCGGGUUCCUGACGCAGCGCUCGGAGCGGCUCCUGCGCACCGUGCUGGAGCUGCAGCCCCGGGACAGCAGCACGGGCCAGGGCCCUGGGAGCACCCAGGAGGAGAUGGUGCAAACCCUCCUGGAGGAGAUGUUAGAGAAGCUCCCGGACGAGUUCAACAUGGCAGAGCUGCUGGCCAGGCUGGAGGAGAGGACUCCCUAUGCUGUGGUUGCCCUGCAGGAGUGCGAGCGCAUGAACGCGCUCACGGCCGAGAUGCGGCGCUCGCUGGCCGAGCUGGAGCUGGGCCUGAAGGGGGAACUGACCAUGACCAGCGAGAUGGAGACCUUGCAGAGCUCCCUCUUCUUUGGCACGGUGCCGGAGUCCUGGGUGAGGAGAUCCUACCCUUCCAUGGCCAGCCUUGGCUCGUGGUUUGCUGACCUGCUGGCCCGCAGCAGCGAGCUGGAAGCCUGGACCAGGGACUUCUCCUUGCCCUCCACGCUGUGGCUCGGGGGGUUCUUCAACCCCCAGGCCCUCCUGACGGCCAUCAUGCAGAGCACAGCCCGCAAGAACAGGUGGCCCCUGGACAGGAUGGCGCUGCAGUGCGACGUGACCAAGAAGAGCAGAGAGGAUUUUGCCAGUGCUCCUCGUGAGGGGGCCUAUGUGCAUGGGCUGUUCAUGGAGGGAGCACGCUGGGAUGCUCAGGCCGGGACCAUCACGGAGGCCAGGCUCAAGGAGCUCACCCCAGCCAUGCCUGUGGUGUUCAUCAGGGCCAUUCCUGACGACAAGCAGGACACCAGGGGCUUGUACCCGUGUCCUCUGUACAAAACACGCCAGAGAGGCCCGACCUACGUGUGGACUUUUAACCUGAAAACCAAGGAGAACCCGUCCAAGUGGGUGCUCGCUGGGGUGGCCUUGCUGCUGCAGGUCUGAGGCACCAGCACAGGCCCUGGCCUGCAAAGCUCUCACAGUGUCACAGCAU